AUGGAGGAUGAGGAGGGCGACCUCAGCUCCGUUAUUGACUACAACACUUAUGAGCUUCUCUGUGAAAAAGGCGACGUGAGAAACUUCAGUAGGUUGUUCCUGCCCGUGUUCUACGCGCUGGCUUUCACCGUGGGGGUCGCCGGCAACUCCCUGGUGGUGGGGAUUUACACCUACUGCAAGAAACCCAAGAGCAAGACAGACGUGUACCUCAUGCACCUGGCCAUCGCCGACCUGCUCCUGCUCCUCACCCUGCCCUUCUGGGCUGCGAACGCGGCGCAGGGGUGGGAGCUCGGGGAGCCCAUGUGCAAGCUCGCUUCCGCCCUCUACACCACCAACUUCAGCGCUGGCAUGCUGCUGCUGGCCUGCGUCAGCGUGGACAGGCACCGGGCUGCCUCCCAGCCCCAGGGCCAGAGGAGAGCUGGCAAACACUGCAGCGUCACCUGCCUCUGCGUCUGGCUCUCUGCCGCCUUCCUCAGCGUCCCCGAGCUGGUAUUCAACCAGGUGAGGAGACACGGCGACAGGAACGAAUGCCUCCCUGUGUUCCCAGCAAACAUGGAAACACUCCUAAAAGCAACUGUUCAGAUCCUGGAAAUCGUCCUGGAGUUUCUGCUGCCUUUCCUAGUCAUGCUCAUCUGCUAUUCCGCUACCGCCCGCGCCAUCUUCAGGUCGGCAAAUCCUAAGAAAUCGAGACCUUUCCUGGUGCUGCUGGCCGUGGUGGCCGCUUUCAUCCUCACCCAGCUGCCCUACAACAUCGUGAAGUUCUGGCGAGCCAUGGAUAUCAUCUACAUGUUGAUUACUGACUGUGGUGCAAGUAAAACCAUCGACGUUGCACUCCAGGUCACCAAGAGCAUCGCUCUGUCUCACAGCUGCCUGAACCCUCUGCUCUACACCUUUCUGGGCGCCUCCUUUAAAACGCAUAUUAUGAAAAUUGCCAAGAAUUAUGGACACUGGAGAAGACGACAACAGAGUGGAAGACCUGAAGAAAUUUCUAUGAAUUUUGAAGACCACACUGAAGAAACAACUAGUUUCACUAUAUAG